AUGUUAAUCACCAUAAUCCAUCGAUUUGGAAAAUCACUUCUUGAUGGGCUCCAGAACAGUGAAAACUGGUCUCUAAAAGGAGGAAAAGUGAGGAAAGGAGGACGAGUGCGACGACUCUUGAUCAGACUGAAAUUUGACAAUAACAUAAUGAAAAUUUAUUUAUUAUCUAUUGUCAUUAUUCUCUUGGCUCGUUCAUCAUUAUGUCAGCAAGACGAGAAUUAUUCGAAUGAGGAAGAAGAUUUCGAUAUAAAAUCCUUAUCAUCAUCGUUAGCCGUUGAAGAUGAUGUAAAACUCGAUUUACAACUGAAACAGGCUGAUGCUUGGGAUGUUGAAGAAGAUUCGGAAGAGGAGUCUUUCGAACAAGAUGAUAAACAAGAAUUAGAUUAUGAUGAUGCUGAUACAGAUUUGGAAGCAAAACGUAAGAAACCAUCUCAACACGAUAAAGAUGAUAAGAAAAAGGAUGAAAAACAUACAACACACAAAUGUAGACCAUCAAGACGACAUAGACAUCACCGACAUCGACCACACCAUAGACCAUGGUUUCAUCAACAACACUCAGGUCAAGGUAACAAGCCAUCAUCAAAUCAACACGAUACAACUGGUUCAAAUAAAAAUCGUCUUUCCACGCAAAGUUACAUAAAUUGGGGUAAUGACGGUGGUAAACCAUCAUCAAAUAGGGAUCCAUCCAACCAACACCAACAGCAACAGCAACAGCAAUCGCUGAGAGAUGAUAACAAACGCACGACCCAACGAUAUAAACCUUGA